AUGACUUCCAUUGGUACUGGUUACGAUCUCUCGAAUAGUGUUUUCUCCCCUGAUGGUAGAAACUUUCAGGUGGAAUAUGCAGUUAAAGCGGUAGAAAAUGGCGCUACAUCAAUUGGUAUUAAGUGCAAGGAUGGUGUUGUUUUCGCCGUAGAAAAGCUAAUUACAUCAAAAUUGUUGGUACCUCAGAAGAAUAAGAAAAUACAGACUAUUGAUAAACACAUUGGGUGCGUUUACUCGGGAUUAAUGCCAGACGGGAGACACCUCGUAAAUGUGGGACGCCAGGAAGCUGCCAAUUUCAGAAAAUUUUAUCGCCAGCCCAUAAUGGUUUCCGCUUUUGCUGAUCGUGUUGGACAGUAUGUUCAAGCUCACACCUUAUAUAAUAGUGUUAGACCUUUCGGUAUCACGGCUAUUUUUGGAGGAGUGGAUGAUGAUGGUGCACACUUAUACAUGCUAGAACCUAGCGGAGCUUAUUGGGGAUAUAAGGGUGCUGCUACAGGUAAGGGGAGACAGUCUGCAAAAGCGGAAUUGGAAAAACUCGUGGCAAAUGGUAAACCAGAGCUCUCGGCAAGAGAUGCAGUAAAAGAGGCUGCUAGAAUAAUCUUUGUAGCUCAUGAAGAUAACAAAGAAAAGUCUUUUGAAGUCGAGUUAAGCUGGUGCUCUUUAUCGGAGACAGCAGGUCUUCAUAAGGAGGUGCCCGAAGAUUUGUUUAAAGAAGCCAUUGAUUAUGCUAAGAAGGAAAUCAACGAAGCCAGUGAUGAUGAUUCGAGUGAUGAGGACUCUGGCGACGACGAGGCCCAGAAAGAUGCUGACGGUGACGUUGAGCUAGCAUAA